CUAGAACAUAUAAAAGCAAAUACUCAGAAUACGAGCUCAGUCAGACGGCGCAAUGACAUGUUUAGUAGCAACGUUGUUGUGUGUGCUUUUCGCCGGUAUUUGCUGCGAUGCAGCACCACAAAAAGUAGAAUCAAGAAUUGUGAAUGGAACAGAAGUUAUGGAGGGACAGUAUCCCUUUGUGAUCUCCCUAAGAUAUGAUGGAAACCAUUCCUGUGGUGGUACUGUUCUUAAUAAGGAAUGGGUCCUUACUGCAGCACACUGCGUGUAUCGCAUAGACCAAACAAGGCUGAGUGUAUUUGCUGGGUCCAUUCGACUGGAUGAUGAUACGGUAUCCCUUAUACCAGUCUCCGAAGUUAUUGUUCAUGAAGAUUACAACAAAACUCUCUCAGUUAAUGACAUUGCAGUCUUAAAGUUGUCUGAGCCACUUUCUCUUGGCCCAAGAGUACGCCCAACAGAGCUUCCACUGGAUUACCAGAGUACAUUCGUGGGCACACCAGCCACAGUUAUUGGAUGGGGGCUACCUUAUACUGGAGGUGAAGUUGUGAAUGUAUUACAAGCAGUGGACAUCAUUGUGUGGUCAAACAGAAAAUGUAGAGAAGCCUAUUCUGAUGCUCCAAAGCUAGUUCUGCCUUCAAACAUCUGUGCUGGGGUCCCUGAAGGAGGAAAAGGGCAGUGCAGUGGAGAUUCUGGUGGUCCACUUAUAGCAAAUGGUUACCAGGUUGGAAUUGUUUCAUGGUCAAGAAAACCUUGCACUAUUAAAGGAUCUCCUGGUGUUUUUACACGAGUAGCCUACUAUGUUGACUGGAUUAGAGAAAAAACAGGAACAGGCUGGAUCCCUAUUUUUAUAUAUUAAUUGUUGUAUUCUCUUAGUUUCUGGGAUUAUUAUUUAGUAAAAUAUAAGGAAGUAAGAAAAGAAACUUGUGAUUUAUAUAAAGGAAUUUUGUUGUGUGUUAUAAUUAAAGCUAACUAUUAAACAUCAGUUGUACAAACAUAAUCAAA